AUGUCUUCGCGUGGUGAAAUCAUUCUAUCUAAUUACUUCAAUGAAACUACAGAGUCAGAAUCUAAUUCACGCAGCAGUGUUGAUAAUGCUUCUGCAUCAUUAGAAUCUGAUAAUAAUGAUCGCCCACAAAAAAAAAACCUAGAAAAAGUGGUCCUAAGUUUGAUGAGAGGUAAACCAUGUACUUUAAAAUUUCAUCUUGCAAUUUAUUGCCUAGACGUGCCUAGUGAUAUUCAAAAAUAUUGGCAUAGUAGGCUUGUUGAGGAUAAUAAUAAUUAUACAAGAAAUGCUCAAUCAAAUUUAACUUUAUCUGUACAA